UCACACUGAAAACACUUCCGCUAACUGCCACACCAGAAAAGCCGCAAUAUUUUUCCAGAAAUUGUUUUCCCUCAAUAAUUACGAAAAAUUCAAUUAAAACAUGGCCAAGCAUCAUCCGGAUUUGAUUUUCUGCCGCAAGCAACCCGGCGUAGCCAUUGGACGCCUGUGUGAGAAAGACGACGGAAAAUGUGUGAUCUGCGACUCCUAUGUGCGGCCCUGCACCCUUGUCCGCAUCUGCGAUGAGUGCAACUACGGCUCCUACCAAGGCAGGUGCGUCAUCUGCGGUGGUCCCGGUGUAUCCGAUGCAUACUACUGCAAGUCCUGCACCAUACAGGAAAAGGAUCGCGACGGCUGCCCCAAGAUCGUGAACCUGGGAAGCUCCAAGACUGAUCUGUUCUAUGAACGCAAGAAAUAUGGCUUCAAACAAAACUACUGAUGUCCUCUCCACUACCUCGUACAUUGCUAAUACAUUUUUAUUGUAAUUUAACAUAUAAACAUAGGUUUGGAUAAAUGAA